CACUUGUACAUGGAUGGAUGGCCUCUUGCACGGGCAAGUGGUGUGCUAUUUGGAGACGAACUCCCAUCCGGAGCACACAUACAUAUAUCGGUAGCUGCCCUGAGCUUCUGAUUCUUCCUUUUGAGUGGUGUAUCUGCCCCUGGCCUUAUUACCUGCUCAUCCCUAGAAGAAGAUUGAUCAGGUGAAGCAUGAGAUGGAGCUUUACCCUGGAUAUCUUCAAGACCAUUUCAACAUCCACAAACUCAGUCGUCUGCAGCCGCUGCCGACGAGCGGCGCGCCCGCCCGCUACGUGACAUCGGGUCCCGUCGGGGCCAUGGGGAUCUACGAGCGGCAGCGCCACCUGGUGCCCACCGGCGUGUGGGGGGAACCGUUCCGGCUCGACGCCGACGCCGUGGCCAUGCCCCUGCCCCUGGCCGCGUUCCCCUCGGUCACCGUGGCCACGCCGGCGCCGCUCGACGUCGUCGAGCCGGAAGCAGAGGAGAUCAAGCUCGGCAAACGACUGGUACUUCCGCUUGGUUUGCAGGCGCAGCAGGACGACGUGCCGCGGAUGCAAGAAGCGCCGCCGUCGUCGGAUAGCUUCAGCCACGACGAUGACGACGCUAGGCCGAGAGACAAGGUUCAGAGACGGCUCGCGCAGAACAGAGAGGCAGCUCGGAAGAGCCGGCUACGGAAGAAGGCGUACAUACGGAACCUCGAGACGAGCCGCGUGAAGCUGGCGCAGCUGGAGCAGGAGCUCAUAAUGGCCAGGCGCCAGCAGCACGGCGCGUACGGCGUGGGAGGAGGAGUCGCACCGCCGGCGGCGCCCGUGGACCCGCGCGUCGCUGCGUUCGAGCUGGAGUACGCGCACUGGGUGGAGGAGCAGAGCAGGCAGGCGACGGAGCUGCGGGCGGCGCUGCAGUCGCACGCGCCGGACGUCCAGCUGCGGGUCCUCGUCGACGCCGCGCUGGCGCACUACGGCGCGCUGUUCCAGGCCAAGGCGAGGGCAGCCCGGUCCGACGCCUUCUUCGUGCUGUCCGGCGUGUGGCGGUCCCCCGCGGAGCGCUUCUUCCUCUGGAUCGCCGGCUUCCGCCCCUCCGACCUGCUCAAGGUGCUGGAGCCGCAGCUGAGCCCGCUCAUGGACCACCAGGCGUCCGAGGUGCGCAAGCUGCAGAACACGGCGCGGCAGCUGGAGGACGCGCUGUCGCAGGGCAUGAGCAAGCUGCAGCAGACGCUGGUCGACACCCUCAUGACCGUCGACGUCUCCCCGGACGGCGCCGGGGGCGGAUACGCGGGGCAGCAGAUGGCCUGCGCCGUGGGCAAGCUCGCCGACCUCGUCGACUUCGUGGACAAGGUGAUGACUAGCCGUAGCCAGCCAUUGAGCAGCAAGCGAAACCAAAAUCUUUGGCAUAUUGGCACGCUCAAUCGACUUCUUGCUCUGACCGACCGACGUCGACGUUGUUGGCACAGGCGGACCACCUCCGGCAGCAGACGUUGCGGAACAUGCACAAGAUCCUGACGCCGCGGCAGGCAGCGCGCGGCCUGCUCGCGCUCGCGGACUACGGUCAGCGCCUGCGCGCGCUCAGCUCGCUCUGGGCGGCGCGCCCCAGGGAGCCCGCAUAGUCGUAACGAGACACCCGCGACGGCGACAGCGACGGGGGAGAGGAAGCGGCAUUGCAGGCACGUGCGCGCGUGGUUGCCUUUGGCUGCCGCCCAGCGGAGCAAGAAGCCAUGACGCGGCAGACGCCGGCCUGCGAUCAGUGCCUCGGUUCCUCCCACUCCCAGCUCUGCAUCUGGUAUUCUGGUACGGGCAACCGGCGUGUUCUGUUCGCUCUCGGAAUGAAACCUGAAUCUUCUAAUGGUUACAGCAGUGAAUUAGGCUUUGGAUUUGAUUGACAGAUCGAAGAAAUUACAAGUGUAAAUACGGUAGACAAAGUUGUUUGGGUAGUAGAACAGACGUGUACUGUUCAGUUAAUGUUUGUCUCGGUCAACCUGUAACUAAUACGUCAUCUUUUUUUUUCUUGUCGGUGAGGAUGUAAACAGAUCAUGUGAAAGAUGUACAACGAACAAUCUAUGGAACCAGAGUUAGACGGGCAUGUAUCCUAUGCAAUCAUACAUCUCCUGCAAUCGAGUAAUUUGUAUUAUUGAUUGUAAACCAUGUGCUGAUAAUAUUUAACAAAUAAUCCUUUUGUUUUGUGCC